AUGAAGACGGGACUCAUAUUCGAUAACUCUCGUUUAAUGGACAUGGCAACAAUGAUUUAUAAUUGGACCAAAAAUAUUACGUUAUUAACAAACGGCACUAAAAUAUCUUCUAUAUGUUCUGAAUCGCAGCUAAAUGAAUUAAAAGAUAAAGACAUUGAAAUCAUAGAUAAGGUAAUAACAGAAUUUAUUGGUGAGUCAGGAAAAUUAGAAUCUGUAGUAUUUUCAGACGGUACUAGAAUUUCUUUGAGUUGUGUAUAUAUCCAUCCACCGUUUGAAUUGAAGUGUGAAGAGAUUUUAAACAAGUUGCAAGUACACAUUGAUACACCAAAGUUAAUUAAAGUUGACUCAUUUCAAAAAACCAAUAUUAGCGGUGUAUAUGCUUGCGGAGACUGUACUACUUUUUUCAGAACAGUAUCUAACGCUGUUAGCCAAGGAAAUGUUGCAGGUGCCUUUGCUUCGAAGGAUUUAUUUCAAGAUUCGUGGAAUGAGUAA